AUGAAGCCGGCGCACUCUAAUGGCCCGAGCUACCAACAGUCGUCCUACAAGGAGCCGCCCAACUACGACACGCCUUACCAGUUUGAUUGUGCCGUCAACGACCACUACUCCGGUGCCGUCUCCUCUCAGAUAGAAAACAGCGACACCAAGAAUAUCAACGGCUACUAUUUGGUCAACCUGUCCGAUGGUCGUACACAGCACGUCAAGUACGUCGCUGGCAAGCACGGCUACGGAGGCUACAACGCCGAGGUGACCUAUUCUGGUACUCUGGCUCGCUACGAGGAGCACAAGCCUAGCUACCACUCGGUCGCGGUCUAG